AUGCCGUCCGUGCUGCGCGCCGUCCGCGACGGCGGCGUCGCGCCCCACCUGCGGCGGGACGUCUGGCCGCUGCUGCUAGGCCUGAUCUCGCCGGGUGACUGCGGGGCGGCGCGGCGCGCCAAGUGGGGCGCGCUGCGCGGCGAGUUCGCGCGGCUGGCGGCGUUGGUCGGGGACGACGUCGCGGCUGCAGAGUGCUACGAGCGGCAGGCGCGCGGGACGGGGCGGCGCCGGCGGAGGGAGGGGCCGCGCGUGCGGUGGGCGGGCGGCAGUGAGCUUUACGGCGGGGAAGGCGACGGCGCGCACGAGCCAUGGCUGGUGACCAAGCGCCGCGUCAUGACCGACUCUGUCCGGACCGCGGGCGACGGCCCCCUCUUCCAGGGGGAGCAGCGCUGCGGCGCGGUCGCGCGGCUGGAGCGGCUGCUGCUCGCAUACGCGCUGGCGGACGCGGGGACCGGGUACUGCCAGGGCAUGGCUGACCUGGCGGCGCCAUUUGUGCACCUGUACCCGUCAGACGCAGAGGCGCGAGUGGGCCUUGACUGGCUGCUGACUGAGAGCGGGCUGUUCUUGCCAUGCUGUGCGUUGACCGCCCUCGGCGAGGUGCGGUUCGACACCGGUCCGCCCCCCUCUCCCACGGCACAUUGUCGCCGCUAA